AUGCUGGCCGAACCUUGGUCCCUGUUUCCGCCGAAAGUUGCGCUCCUCGAGACGCACCCGUCCAAGGAGGCUUUCUGGCAGCGGCGAUCGUUCGCCUUCCACCACUGGCUGUCGGGCUCCGCGGAUUGCAACAUCGGUGAGGCCGUCGUGGCAGAGGCCUCGAAGGUCGGGCUGGCUGCCGCCCACUUCUGGCACGACGCGGCCAGAGCGAGGUUCGACGGCCUGCGGGCGGAUCUCGCGUCGGGGGACGCCGACGGCUUCCACGGCGGCGCCCCCGGUGGCGCCCCCGAGGCAGCCGCCCGCGCAGCAGCGCUAGUCUCGCCCCUGGGAGCCGCGGCAGCGUCUGCCUCGAGGCGCCUGCUGGCCCAGGCGACCCGCACUGUCGAGAUCAAACCAGGCGCGGCGCUGGGGCUCGUAGACUGGCCGCGGCAGGACGCCCACGUCGCGACGUUCCCGUUGUGCCGCUGGGACGUGGACAGCGGACUGCGCGUGUCGAUCCGAGGCUGGCUCCCGGGGCUCGCCUCCCUUGCUGGGGAGUGUCAGCACGAUUGGCGCCCGCCCGCGUACCCGCGCUUGUUGUGCGACCAGUACGCCAGACUGGUGGUGCGGGUGUGGCAGCUCACGAUCCGAGCCGAGUGGGCCCACUGGGAGUGCAUGCUGGCCCGGGGGCGCCCGCGCCCGCGGGCAGUCUCGCUGCCGGCCGCCCAGCCGCCGCCGCCCUCCGGGCUCGCUGGCCAGCCGUCGCGCAAAGCAGCGAGGGAGAUGGAGAACCGCACUUUCCCCGGCGGCAUGCGCUGUCCUGCGCGGGCCGUGGGUCUCAAUCCUGGCCUUGCUAGGGCUGGGUCGGCGGCGCGGGCGGCCUUCUCCGCGUUCGUGGAGGAGCGGCCGGACGCGCUGGGCGUCGUCGACAUGCUGGGCAACCCCAAGUACGAGGGCCCUCCGGAGGAGAGCGUCGCAGACCUGCGCCGUCGAUUCCGGUUUGUUUUCGGCGCCCCGGAAGAGCGGCAGUUGUCUUACGAGCUCGGCCGGCGCUCCCCCCUGCAGGGCGCCCUCAUUCAGACGUGGCUCGAGGCCGCGGGCGACGCGGAGAGCCAGCUCCAGGACUGGAUAGAGCAAGGCGUCCCGCUCGGCAUUGAGAAGCCGAUUGUUCCAUGCGGGAUUUUCCCUCCCGUGGAGCCGACCGCGUCGGACAGGCACCUGCUGACGCUGGAGGAGGCCUUGUCGACUGGAGUUGGCAAUUACUCGAGCCUCGACGACAGCCCGGCGGAUGCCGAGGCGGAGCUCGACAGGCUAGAGGGGAACGGCUUCUUCUUCAUUUUCGAGGAGGCGGAGGCCUUGAAACGCUUUCCGGAUGGCUCCGUUGCCAGGCUCGCAUUGAUCCUGAAGCAGAAGGGCGACGGGAGCGUGAAACGCCGCAUCAUAAUCGAUAUGUUGCGGGGCGGGCAGAAUGCCAGAGCGACAGUCCCAGAGAGGCCGGUGCGUCCGCGCGUCGCGGAUGUCAUCGACGACCUUCGGGCGAUGGUCCCGCCAGCGCCGGCGAUGGAAAACAGCGUGCUGCUGGCAUCUGCUGACAUGCGGGACGCCUAUCAGCACUUCCGUGUCCAUCCCGCCGAGUUGCGACACUGUCUGACACGGGAUUGGCGCUCAGCAGUUGUCAUGGUGUGGGUGAUGAUGUCGUUCGGGCUAAAAUCCGCGCCGCUGCUGUGGGUGCGGCUGGCUGCGGCGAUGGCCCGGCUGAUCCAAGGCAUGUAUAUCCCCGGCGAGGCCCGCCUGCAGCUGUACAUGGACGACCCGUUGUGGGCCCUGACAGGGUCGCCAUACACGCAAAGAUUUUGUCUUGCUAUGGGAAUCUGGACAUUCAUUGCUUUCGGAGUGUCGCUCUCGUGGGGCAAAGGCCAGAUGGGGGCCCUCGUAGAGUGGGUCGGCGUGUCCAUCGAUGCUUCGACGGCCAUGAUUGAACAGACUGUGCGGCUCACGGUAUUGGACAAAUUUCUUGCCGAGCUGACCGCCGAAACUUCUCAUUGCAAUGGGGCAAGUAUGAUCGGCCUCCGAAGGCUACGUCAGCUGGUCGGCAAGCUGUCCUGGGCAGCCGGGGUCCUCCCUAGGACCAGGUGGGCUGUCAAUAUUCUGUGGGCUGUCGUUUCCCCUGCUGCCCGUGACGCCGCGUCCGGCGCAGAGGAGAGGCGACGAACUCAGCGCCGGGACCGGCGGCCGAAGGGCCAUCUUGUGGACGCUCGAAGAGGCCGCUUGGCAUUUACCUGGUUGCUCACUGUCUGGCAGGGCUGCCGCACCGCCAGGGUGCGCGAGGUCUGCUUGCACCCGGGGCCGCCCAGGUUCUCGAUUACCACGGAUGCUUCUCCUUGGGGCAUCGGGGCUACGCUGUUCGACAACAGCGCCGGCAUCAUUAUCGAGUACAUUGCCUCCGAUUUAAGCGCCGCUGAUGUGACGCAACUGGGAAUCGCCAUCGGCUCGUCCACUGCGCAGGCAGUUGCUGAAUUUUUGGCGAUACUUGUCUCUACCAGAGCAUGGGCACAUUUCUUGAAAGGUGCGGCAGCUACCCUCGACCUCCGUGUCGAUUCCAUGGCUGCACAGGGUGUGGCGCAGAAGCUUUCGUCCCCGAACAAGGUCUUGAAUUUCAUGGCGGCCGAGCUCGCGGCCACGCUCGAGCUCGCCAGAAUAUCGAACCUGACCGUCGUUCACAUUUCAGGCGCUGUCAACACAGUGGCUGACUGGCUAAGCCGUUUAACGGCCCCCGCGGACCAGCGGGGGCAGGACUGCAGCGGCCGCGUCUGCAAGGCGAAGAACAGGAAGGUCAAGAACAGGGACGCCGACUUCUACAACCUCCCGUCCCCCGUCCUCCACCCGGACAUGUGGGGCUACGCGGAAAACUCCCAGGUGGGCUCAACGGCGUGGUCUUCAUUGCACCUCCGGGGCGGCACCGGCCAAGAGUUCCAGUAGGGACGGCCUGGGGUGCCCGUGUCCAGAGUGGAGGUCCACGCGUAAUGCGCCUGGUACCGGCCGACGGCCAGUGGUAUUAGCGGCGCGCCUCCGGUGCGGUGCCGGCCGGCAGCCAUGGGCACCUGUGCACUUGAGGAGACACACGCCGCUUGUAUAUAAUUUUAUAUUUUCUUGUCGCCUGAGCCCGGGG